AUGUCUUUGACACGCGUGAACAUGUCCGAGGAUGUCUGGUUGACUUGCCUUACUCACGCAUUGUCCACUGAGACCGAAGAAAUCAUGGGACUCCUCCUCGGCGACAUCGAGUACUCGAAAAACGGAAGUGCGACAGCUGUGAUAUGGGGAGCAUCGCCUCAGUCACGGUCUGAUCGGCAGAAGGACCGAGUAGAAACCAAUCCUGAACAGUUGGCUGCUGCUUCAGCUAAGGCUGAUAUAUCCUUUUCCUUCAAAUUAAAAAUGUUGCUAAACUCGUUUUCUAUUGAUUUGAUCAGAAAAGGAAAAAUGACCAUAUCAACGGGCAGAACAACGAGGGUGAUAGGAUGGUACCACUCCCAUCCUCAUAUCACUGUACUUCCUUCCCAUGUUGAUGUUCGGACACAAGCAAUGUAUCAGCUUUUAGAUACUGGGUUUAUUGGCCUCAUAUUUUCUUGUUUCAGUGAAGAUGCAAGCAAGGUUGGAAGAAUCCAAGUUAUCGCGUUCCAGUCCUCUGAUGGAAAGCCCAAUACUCCUCCUAAACCAUUGAGCCUGCGACUUGCAAAUAAAGAUUCUGUCGUCGAUUUAGAAUCCUCAUUAAGUUCUUCAGACUCGAUAUUCCAGAGUUCCUCUUCUGCUCGGGGAGACAAUCCUGAGCAAGACACUGCUACAGGUGGAGGACGAGUUUCAGAUUUUGGGGAUUUCUUUGUAAACAAUGCUGAAGCCAACACCAUGGGGAGAGAUGUGACAAGUGGAAGCUACAGCUCAGGCAAUCUCAGCAGCUCAGUUGUGGGAAUUGAUCCAAUGGACAUGUCUGAAAGCAUGCAAGAGGCUAUGCUUCGUUCAAAUAUGGAAACCAGCGGUGUAGGGUAUGUUAGAAAAGAAGUCCCGCUCCAUGUUUUGCCGACUUCAACCCUUGUUCAGCUCAAUUCACCUUUAGCAUCUUUUAAGGAUCUGCAAAGAGUACUCUACGAGGAGGAACGAGCAGCGUACCACCAAUCUCUCCUGCAAAACACCAGAGCCGGGAAAGUACAUCCCCUUGCCUUCAUUCACAACACAUCGUCAUAUCAGGCUUCAAUGUGCAAGCUGAUUGAAUACUGCUUGAGUCCCGCCAUUAACGCACUUCAAGAUAGGGUAAGGGAAAACAAGAUCCGGUUAGCAAUGCUGAUGGAUGAAGCCGACGCUCUGGACGCUCAGAAACUUAAAGGAGCAGAGACGAGCGGAGCACCAUCUCGUCUGGUUCACGGCUCUGGCAGCCGAAGCAGAAAAAGAUCCUCCUAG